AACAUAAAAAUCACAUUUUUUUCAACCUUUCACAUCUUCUUCGUCCUUUCACAAAUCCCCAAUAAAAUCAACCUCCGCCCUCCUCCCUUCAAACCAACUCCAUAUCAAUGGCGGAACCAAAAGACACAAUUCCUCUCAACGGCGCCUACUACGGCCCACCCGUCCCUGCCUACCCCGUUCCCAACCCCCGCCCCCACUCCUCCUUCCGCCGCCUCAUCUUCUCCCUCUUCAAACUCCUCAUCUCCAUCAUCAUCAUCCUCGCCGUCAUCGCCGUCAUCAUUUGGCUCAUCUUCCGGCCAAACAAACUCAAAGUCUACGUCGAAAACGCCAACCUCACCCAAUUCAAUUUCACAGGCAACAACAAUAACAACAACAAUCUCCUCUACAACCUCAACCUCAACGUCAGCAUCCGCAACCCCAACAAAAAGAUAGGCAUCUACUACGACUACAUUGAAUCACUUGCAAUCUACGAUGGCUCGAGGUUUGGUUUCCAGGUGUUGGAACCUUUCUAUCAGGGGCAUAAAAAUACCACUGUGUUGAACACGGUGUUUGGUGGUACCGGGAUUUUGCUUGGCGACGCUCCGGCGACAUAUGCAAGAGAGAAGGCCGAGGGGUUUUACAACGUUGAUGUUAAGUUUUAUAUGAGGGUUAGGUUUAAGGCGGGGGUUAUCAAGACUCACCGUCAUGUGAAGCCCAAGUUUGAGUGCAGCGUGAGGUUGCCGUCGCCGGCUGCCGGGAACUCGAAGCCGCCGCCGUUUGAAAGGACUAAGUGUGAUGUGGACUACUGAUGGCGUUGUUAUUUUAUUAUUAUUUUGUGUUAAUUACGGUCUUUGGUUGUUUUUCUUUCGUGAGGUGGGUGCAGAACUUUAUAUGGGGAGUGGGUGGGAUGAAUAUAUGAUAGUCUAUUUGUUUA